AUGGUAGCCAAGAGCAAUAGCCUGCUUGUUUUAUUGGUCACUGUGCUAAGCUGCAGCUUCAGCUUGGUGAGGUUUGUAGAGUCCAAGGUGCCCCAAGAUGAAAUUGAUGCUCUCCAAGAAAUAACUAGUACGAUGGGUGCAAAGUUUUGGAAGUUUAAUGGUGAUUCUUGCAAAAUUGAAAUGGUUGGGGUAACAGCAGAUCCGCCAAAAGGAUCUGAGACUGGCAUUAGUUGUGACUGCAACAGCACUGUCUGUCACGUCGUAACAUUAGCUCUCAAGGGUUAUAAUCUACCUGGCAUGCUUCCACCUCAACUGGUCAAACUUCCUUACCUUAAAGAAAUUGAUUUGUCUCUCAAUUAUCUUAAUGGUACAAUACCAGGAGAAUGGGGUGCAAUGCAAUUAAAAAACAUCUCUCUUCUUGUAAAUCGCUUAUCAGGGGAGAUUCCAAAGGAGUUGGGAAAUAUUACUACGCUCACAUACCUGACUCUUGAAGCAAAUCAGUUCUCUGGAGUUGUUCCUCCUGAGCUUGGGAAUUUAAUCAACUUGGGAACUCUGAUGUUGUCCUCCAAUCGUUUGACCGGAAAGUUACCAGUGGCAUUGGCUAGGCUAAGAAAUUUAACAGACUUUAGAAUAAAUGAUAAUAACUUCAAUGGAACGAUACCUGAUUUCAUACAGAACUGGGAAAAACUUGAAAGAUUAGAAAUGCAUGCAAGUGGGCUUCAGGGACCCAUCCCCUCCAACAUAUCUGUUUUGAGUAAUUUAAAAGAGUUGAGGAUUAGCGAUAUAGAGGGGCCACAGCAGGGUUUUCCUACGUUGACAAACAUGACAAGCCUAGUGAGAUUGGUUCUCAGAAACUGCAACAUUUCUGGAGAGAUUCCUCCAUACAUGUGGACGAUACAAAACCUGGAAAUGUUGGAUGUCAGUUUUAACAAGUUAGUAGGGGAAGUUCCAGACACUAUAAACUUAGAGCGUUUGAGAUUCCUGUUUUUAACUGGAAACUCUCUGAGUGGAAGUGUACCUGCCUCAAUCUUCAAGGAUGGAAGUAAUGUUGAUCUUUCAUACAAUAACUUUACAUGGCAAGGCCCUGAGCAACGUACUUGUCAGGACAACAUCAAUCUAAACCUGAACUUGUUUCGAAGCUCUUCAACAGAGAACAACUUAAGGAGAGGUCUUCCAUGCUUGAAGGAUCUCAACUGCCCACGCUAUUCAACUUGUUUACAUGUUAAUUGUGGUGGAAAUGACGUCACCAUCAAAGAAAAUAAAAGAAACUUUGUGUAUGAAGGAGACGGAGGAGUUGAAGGUGGCGCUGCAGAGUAUUUCUUAAAUGGUGAUUAUUUUUGGGGAUUUAGUAGCACUGGAGACUUCAUGGAUGACAAUGAUUUCCAAAAUACACGUUACUCUGUAUCUCUGGCAUCUUCAAAUCUCUCUGAUUUAUACACGACAGCACGCGUAUCCCCAAUUUCAAUCACAUAUUUCCAUUAUUGCUUAGAAAAUGGUGACUAUACUGUAAGUCUUCACUUUGCGGAGAUACAGUUUACAAAUGACCAAACAUAUACGAGUCUUGGCAGACGCAUAUUUGAUAUCUAUGUUCAGGAAGAAGUAUUGCGAAAGGAUUUCAAUAUUGAAGAUGAGGCAAAGAUGGCUCAAAAGCCUGUAAUACUAGAACAUAAUGUCAGUGUAACAAAUAAUAUCUUAGAGAUCCGAUUCUAUUUUGCUGGUAAAGGGACAACAAGAAUCCCUGAAAGAGGAGUCUACGGUCCCCUUAUCUCUGCUAUUUCUGUGAAAUCUGAUUCCAAAGAUUGCUCAAAUGGUGAAGGCAAGGGAACUGCUCACAUUGUUGCUGGAGCUGUAGUAGGAGCAUUUGGCCUAGUGUUUGUUAUAUUAGGAAUCCUUUGGUGGAAAGGAUACAUGCCAGGCAAAAGGGGGAGAAAGAAAGAUAGAGAAGGACUUGAUGGGCAGACAGGGACUUUUACCUUAAAACAAUUAAAAGCUGCCACUAAUGACUUCGAUUCUGCUAACAAAAUCGGAGAAGGUGGUUUUGGUCCUGUGUACAAGGGUCAAUUGCCUGAUGGUACAGUGAUAGCCGUUAAGCAGCUUUCAUCUAAGUCAAGGCAGGGAAAUCGUGAAUUCUUAAAUGAGAUGGGCAUGAUUUCUUGUUUCCAGCACCCAAAUCUUGUGAAGCUUCAUGGAUGUUGUAUUGAUGGAGGUCAGCUAUUGCUGGUCUAUGAGUACAUGGAAAACAAUAACCUUGCACGAGCAUUGUUUGGUCGAGAAAAUCAUCUUAAACUGGACUGGCCAACAAGGCGUAAUAUUUGUAUUGGGAUAGCAAGAGGACUAGCUUUUCUCCAUGAAGAAUCUGUACUUAAAAUUGUUCACCGAGACAUCAAAGCUACUAAUGUGCUGCUUGAUCGGGACUUGAACCCUAAAAUAUCCGACUUUGGAUUAGCAAAGCUUGAUGAAGAGGAGAAGACGCACAUGAGCACCCGAGUUGCUGGGACCAUAGGAUACAUGGCACCAGAAUAUGCAUUAUGGGGUCACCUGACGUACAAAGCAGAUGUUUACAGUUUUGGAGUAGUGGCCUUGGAAAUUCUUAGUGGGAAGAACAACAAUAAUUAUAUCCCAAGUGAUGACUGGGUUUGCCUUUUAGAUUGGGCUUGUCAUUUGCAACAAACCGGAAACUUGUUGGAGCUAGUUGAUGAGAAGUUAGGGUCCGAGGUCGACCAAAAAGAAGCAGAGAUCAUGGUUAAAGUGGCUCUGAUUUGUACAAAUGCCUCUGCAUCACUUAGGCCUAGCAUGUCCGAGGUGGUGAGCAUGCUUGAAGGACAAACCUCUGUUCCUGACGUGAUCCCAGAACCAAGUACCUAUAGAGAAGAUUUGAGGUUUAAGGCCAUGAGAGACCUCCACCGGCAGAGGCAAGAUCAUAGUUUAAGUAUCAGUGGAACACAGCAUUCAACUACGGUCCACACAUUCGAGUCUACCUCUACGUCCGGCCUUGAAUUCUCUGAAAUCAAUCCAGACUCAACACCCUCUUGA